AUGGUAUAUCUUAGAUUGGAAGGUUUAAAAAUCUCAGAUGCAUUGAUUAGUGCGAUUCUACGCUUAUGUCCAGAUAUACGCUUUCUUAUUCUUUAUAAAAGUAAGGGUUUCACUAAUAUACCAAUUAUAGAAAUUGCAAGAUUUUCUCCAAAACUACAGCAUCUGAGUCUUAAUUCAUGUAUAUGUCUCACUAAUCGAUAUAUCACUGAAAUUACUCACUCAUGCUCAAAACUUAGACAUCUUGAGCUUGGUGAUUGCUCGAUUGGUAAUAAAGCUAUCGAGAAGAUAGCCAGCAACUGUACUAAUUUGAAAUAUCUUAGUUUGAAGAGGUGUAGAAGGAUUAGUAAUGAAGUGCUGAAAAAACUCAAUCUGAAAAUUAAAAUCGAACAUCCAGAUUAUUCCGAUAAUGAAUUCUCCGAUUCUGAUUUACCUCCACUUAUUCCAAUCUUUACCGGUAGACAAAAUGGGAUAGCUAUAACCAGGUCCUUUAGAGACUACUAUUUGAGUUAUACAUCAGAUGAAACAGAUCUUAUUUCUGCAAUUGUUAAUUAUCUCAAAGAGAAUCCUCCAACGCGAAGAGAGAAAAUCUCAGUAAAAGCAUUAAUUGAUACAUCAUCAAAGUUUAAUACCAUUAGCAAGAGCUUGUUCGAUAAGCUUAAAGAAGAUUAUGGAAUAUGUGAUCCUGUUGAGAAUCUCUAUAGGGAUGUAAUAGGUGAAAUAAAAUGUUUAGAUUUGCAAUUUUGCUAUAAAGGAAAGUGGCGAAGUUUAGAUGGUACCGAAGUAAUAGACUUUCAAAUUCGCAAAAAUCCAUCGUUCGAUUUGGUUCUGGGACAAGAAUGGUUAUGGAUGCGUGAAGCAAAAAUAAGCUUUGGAUAUUCUUCCAAAACCUGUGUCCACCAUGCUAAAAUUGUAAUUGAUGGUAUGAGUAUCUCAUUAAUCGAAGAAAAUAGUAAUAAAGCCAGCUCUAGUAAAAAUAACUUAUCUCAUUUUGAAACAGAAAUCGAUAAACCUGAUCUAAAUUUAGAAAAGUUUAUAGAUAUGUUUAAGAAAUUAUUUAUAGAGACUAAUUUAUCCAGUUCCGAUUCAGAAUCCACAGGUUCAGACUGGUACGAUCUUGAUCUAAAAAAACCCCGAAAGAAAUGCAUCCAUAAUACAAAGAAAAAGGUUAUCUCUCCUAGCCGAAAACAUUGUAGAAAUAAGCCAAUUAGAACAAAGUAA